GAAACAGUCAGUCGUGUGUCGAAAGUCGUCGAAGGUGCUCAGUUUUGAAGGGAUCCUCGGAUAUCAAAGAAAAAGAGGGGCAAAAUGGUGGCUCUGCCUAAAGUUAAGAGUGAUUUGCCUUCGGAAUCGGGCUCUGAGAAUCUGAUCAUUGAAGUAGACGGCGAACACAGGCCGACAAAGCGGUUUGCGUGGUACUAUGCUCCCACGUACCUACUGUUCUGGGUGGGGCUGUUCUUCGCCGUCAUAUACCCGCUAUUCCAGAACCUUCCUACAGGACUGAAGAUCUCCGAGGAGUUGGAUAACCCUGGAAAAUUUGUGGCCGAGAGGGCCCAGGCCCAAAUGUUGGAAAUAACCCGUAUGGGACCACGGUUGGUAGGCGACAUACCUAAUGAGGUCACUGUUGUGAAAUAUCUUCUUGAUGAGAUUGAACAAAUCCGGCUGUUGAUGCGUGAGGAUCUUUAUGACAUGGAAGUGGAGGUGCAGAAGGUCUCCGGAUCGUAUGUGAUCAAGGGCUUCACAAACCACUACCAGGCGGUGCAAAACGUUCUCGUCAAGCUGACCACCAAGAGUUCCAAUAGUACUAACUAUCUUCUGGUGAACAGUCACUACGAUACUAAGCCAGGAGCACCAGGUGCCGGAGAUGAUGCUUCUAUGGUUGUGGUAAUGCUGGAGGUUCUACGUCAGGUUGCCACUUCCGAGGAAGGGUUCCUUCAUCCCAUUGUCUUUCUUUUCAACGGCGCAGAGGAGCAACCUAUGCAGGGAUCUCAUGGAUUUAUAACCCAGCACCGAUGGGCCGCCAACUGCAAAGCUCUACUUAACAUGGAUUCCUGUGGGGCUGGUGGUCGGGAAAUGCUUUUUCAGGGAGGUCCUAAUCAUCCAUGGCUAAUGGAACAUUACAGAAGCAGUGCUCCUCAUCCAUUUGCCACGACUACGGGGGAGGAGGUGUUUCAAGCUGGCAUUAUUCCCUCGGACACCGACUUCAGAAUUUUUCGCGACUUCGGAGUAGUCCCAGGUCUGGAUAUGGCUGGGGUCUAUAAUGGAUUCGUUUAUCACACGGAAUUUGAUCGGUACACUGUGGUGUCACGUGACUCCCUGCAGCAUACUGGCGAUAACCUGCUGGCCCUGGUUAGGAGUAUUUCCAGAUCGGUGGAAAUGUAUGACACAGAGGCUUAUUCCGAAGGACACGCCAUAUUCUUUGACUUCAUUGGUCUCUUCUUUGUGCAUUACCAGCAGUCCACAGGCGUUGCUCUAAACAUCACCUUUUCCGUAGCUGCUAUACUCUUCGUCUGUGCUUCUCUGUGGCGCAUGUCCAAGGUGUCCGGUCAGACCUUGGGCACCUAUGCCGGGGCUUUUGGUCUCUUCUUUCUGCUGGCUCUGGCAGGAGUCGUCCUGGCGUUGCUCUUCCCAGUGCUGAUGAGCGUUUUCUAUGAUGCCGGGGAUCGGACGCUGACAUAUUUCAGCAACAGUUGGCUAGUUAUUGGACUCUACAUUUGUCCCUCGGUCAUCGGGCUUGUCCUUCCAGUCACCCUCUAUCUGACCCAUAGACCCAGUCUCAAGAUUCCCCACCCGUAUCAGUUGCAGAUUGUGGGUCAUGCCAACUGUGUUCUUUUGGUCAUAAUGUGUCUCUCCUUGACGGCUCUGAACUACCGCAGUGCUUAUCUAUUCCUGAUCUCUCUAAUUUUCUACGUUGCAGCUCUGAUUAUUAACCUGGCAAGCCGGUUGCACUGCAGAGGCUACCUUUGGUCGGUGUUGCUUGGCUUGAGUCAGAUAGUUCCGUUCCUGUACCAUGCUUAUUUGUUCCACACGUUCAUCAUAAUUCUUCUGCCCAUGGUGGGUCGUUUUGGAGUUUCCUCCAAUCCAGAUAUGAUGAUUGCAGCCCUCACCGCAAUAGGCACGAUACUGGCUUUAUCUUUUGCUGCUCCACUGAUCAAUAUCUUUCGACGACCAAACUGCAUGUUGGGAGUUCUGGCUUUGGUUAUGUUUAUUUUCUGUAUGAUCUCCGUAUCGGAUGUAGGCUUCCCCUAUAGGGCCAAGACCAAUGUAAUGCGAGCAGACUUUAUGCAAGUACAUCGGCGAUUCUUUGAGUAUGAUGGAUCUAUGAGCCUUGAGGACUCUGGCUACUACUUUCACUUAUCGGACCGCAACAAGGAGACACCGCUCCGGCAAACCAUGAAUCUCACCGGACUGGUGCGUCUGGGUGAGGACUGUGACGACUCGGAGCUGAUGUGCGGUCUGCCCUGCUACCGAUACUGCACGGCCCGCCAGCACGCCCUGUGGCUGCCACGCGAGGAGCUAGUGGAGCUGCCCUUUCCCACGACCCUGGAGCUCCUUAACAAGACGGUGCUCUCCGGUGGCUAUCAGGUGCGGUACGAGUUCCUUCUUAGCGGGCCCCCCAACAUGGGCCUCUUCUUCCAGCCGCUGGACGGCGUGAAGAUACUGCGAUGGACCUUCGCCGCGGGAAUGUUGGAGAACCCUGCCACAUACAGGCCUCCGCUGAAUGUCCUGCUCACCUACGGCAUAGACAGCACACCCACCCAAUUCUUCGUAGAGUUCUCGAAGUACGACGGAAAUUUUGAUGAACCCGUUUUCCAGUUGGGCGUUUCGGGACAUUACUUCAGUCCCACGGCAAAGAGGGACGAGCGGAGCCAACAGUUCCUGGCUACGCUUCCAAACUAUGCUUUUGCCAUGGAGUGGCCCAGUAGCUACGAGCGAUACAUAUUUUAGGAAUGUUCUAAUUUAAUUGCAUUAACCGCACUAAGAUACCGCCAACAGUCAUUGAUACACACAAAAGGUUGAGUGAGAGAAGGUGGUAGGGGCAUUUGUUUAAAUAUUGGAAGCUGCAUUUCAAAAUGCACCAUUGGGACAAACAAAAAGACCCGCCAAGACACCCCGAAGGCGGGGAAGAUGGAAACACGUGUGCAAACAUUGAAAGAACUGGAGGCCACCUGGCCCCCAUUUUUGUAUGAAUGCGUUUCCGUAUAAAUUGUGCUCCCUGGACCACCAGAAGACACUCAGAGUUCAGCAGCUUAUCUGUCAAGUCACAGCUACCAGAAAAAAACCAAAAACCAUCAACAUGAAGUUCUUUGGAAUCCUUGUCUUUGUCGCUGUUCUGGCCAUCGCUUCUGCUGCUUCCCCCACUGGUACCUCGCCACCGUCUCCGUUCGUCACCCCAACUACGCCCUCGUCGCCCUCGACCACCACCUAUACCUACACAACCUCUCCAUCAACGCCAACAUACACAAGCA